AUUCCACAAGCCAACCUGAUGCCAGCUAGUUGACCUUUGAACCAUUAUCCUAUUUGAAACCUGUGGAUAUUUUUGUUUGGUUGUGUACUUAAGAACUGGCUGAGAGCCCCACUGGUAGAGAAACUGAGAUUUUAUGAAGUGGCGUUGGUAUGUAUUCUCUCUCUCAGAAAUGUAAUGCAUUGUACUUCUUAUUGUAGUGAAGUACAAGUGAUUUUUUUCACAACACUAUUGUUCUAAGAAAAGAUCGCCCCAAACCUCUGCACAGUAUUGUAAAUAUAGUAAGAUCAGUGAACAGUAGAGAAUGUAGAGUGAUUUGUGGUCCAGAAUGUGCUUUGCUUUACUCAGAACUGAAAUGCUUCUUGACAGUUUGCUUUGUAUGUGUUUUAUCUGAGAUUUCCAGUUUAUUUUACCAUCAAUUAUUACCCCAAGAAACUUGUUUUUGUGUACUCUUUCAAUGUCCACCCCAUCUACCUGUAUCUGUACUUUUCUAUUUUUAUUGCAAUUGCUGAAUAACAUGAAUUUGGUUUUACUUAAGUUCAAUGAUAAUUUAUUUCUGUCAAACCACAUUUUCAGUUUGCACAUUUCAGUAGUGAUCCUCCCCAGUAGUUCAUGUAAAUCCCCCCCAGAGCAAAAAAUAUUAGUGUCAUCUGCAAAUAAUACUUAUUUUAAUGUAUUUGAAACCUCAUUAAUGUGAAGUAUAAAGAGUUUUGGUCCUAAUACUGACCCCUGGGGGACGCCACAAGCAAUGUCCAAGCAUGAUGAUGUAUAUUCCCCCAACUUCACAAAUUGUUUUCUAUUAUUUAAAUAGCUUUUCACCCAGUGCAACACUAACCCCCUGAUCCCAUACCGUUCAAGUUUAUUGAUUAAUAUGUUAUGAUUGAUUGUGUGAAAAGCUUUUUUAAGAUCUAUGAAUACUCCAACUGAAUGUAGUUUGUGAUCUAUGGCGUUUGUAAUCUCCUCAAUUGAUUCAGUUAAUGCCAGUUAAUGCCAGAAUCUGUUAUUGAAUAGUUUUUCAAGAAGAGACUGGCCUGUAAUUUGUGAAGCGGUGUCUAUCCCCAGUUUUAUACAGUGGCACAACUUUAGCUAUUUUAAUUUUGUUAGGAAAUUUACCAGUUUGGAAUGAUAAGUUACAGAUAUAUGUUAGUGGUUAUUAAUUCCCUCAAUGACCUUUUUGACAACUUUCAUAUCAAUCUCAUUUGAAUCAGUAGAUGUUUUGUGUUUACAUUUAUUUACAAUAUCUUUUAUUUCUUUUUCCUCCACUGCUGUAAGGAACAUUGAACUGGGAUUUCUCUCUAUAAGGUUAUCAUUCCAAUCCUCAGAUAACAAAGAAACAGGAAUUUCUCUGGCCAGGUUUGGUCCAACAUUAACAAAAAAAUUAUUGAAGCUGUCGACCACAUCAUCCAUAUUGUCCUUUUUACUAUUGGAUGUAUUCACUGCUUGAUUGGAAAUUUUGAAGAAUCAGGGGCAGCCAUGCCACUGUGUGUGAGUGUGUGUGUGUGUGUGUGUGUGUGUGUGUGUGUGUGUGUGUGUGUGUGUGUGUGUGUGUGUGUGUGUAUGUGUGUGUGUGUGUGUGUGUGUGUGUGUGUCCCAACCAUGGAUACAUUAGCUCAACUCAAAUGCCAUUUAAAGUGGGCUGGACAAUAGAGUGACUGUACAGCGCUGUUUUUCACCCAGAUAUAAACACAAGUCUUUUCUAACUGGACAAACAAACCACUGUCAACUGGCCUGUCAACUUUGCUUCCAAUUUUCAAACUGGACAAAUAGGUCAGCUGUUCUAGGACUGGUGUCAAAACUAAAUAAAUAUGUGGCAAGAUAUAAAUCCUGCAGUUGCAUAAUCAACGUUCAUGGUUACACUGGUCACAUGGUAUUUUAACACACAUUAUGUAAGGACAUUUUAAGCUGUUAGUCAUAUCUCUUUAAAGUAGUAUAACUCCUUCUUUUGAAGUACUCGCUACUGGUGUAUAAACAAUUAGAAUCACCAUAGAAUCGCAAUGUAACCUACCUGGUUGGAAUCUGGUGUCAGACCUGUGUCUUGUUCCUGUGCCUCUGUCAUCAAUUGUCAGAUAAAGGCAAAAAACGUCCAAGGACACAAUCUUAAAAAGGAAGUUGUUUUCAUUUGAUUGGUAUUGUAGAGUCGACUGGUCUAGUUUUUGGCUGACAGUCUCUUGGUUUGAUAUAUUUACUCCUACAGAAAACAUGGAAAUAAGGUGGUUAUUUUUUUCUUAUGGACAGGAGUCCAAGUUCAAGUUUAUUAAUUCCAUCCAUUGUCAUUCCAACCAUAUCAAUUUAAUACAUACAGUGGAACAAAAUUCAAUUUCUCGGGACCAAAGUGCACCGACCUGGAGGAGCCACUGUGUCUGCGUGCAUCGCCAUCUUUGACAUGUUGGCAUGUAUAAACUCGGACACAACAUUUUUGAGUACAGUUGUCCUCUCUACUUGACUACUCAUUGAUUAGAUAACAUCAAAAACAGAGUGCAAUGACAUGCAAGCAUAAAGCGAUCCUCGAGUUUGAAUAAACAAUGAGUGGUUUUUACUAGAGAUGACUCUCAAUUAGUCAUCUGGACCAUCUCUAAUGGGGGGUCAGGUGGCUCCAUUUUAAUCACUCAGAAUACCUUUUGAGAAGGGUUACUUAAACUUCCUCAUGGGCAGAUCUCAGAGGGUGAGGUUAAGCAGCACUUUCUAUGGGGUACACCAUCUCUCCUUUCUAACACACCUGAUUCCAAUAAUGAACUCAUUAUUAAGCAGCUGAAGCUUGUCAAAGGGCUUGAUAAUGAGUUCAUUGUUAGAAUCCGGUGUGUUAGAGUGGGGAGAUACCUAAAACAUGCAGGGCAGUAGUGAAGAUAGUAAGUGAAGAUAAAGCAUCAACACAAAACAUAUCAGAAGGUGAAAGAAAAAGAAGUUAGGAAGAACAGAAAAGGAGUCUUGCAAAGACAUAAAUACAUUUUCUAAAUAGAGAAUCGUGUCUGAAAAAUGCCGAGACAAGACAAUGUAGCUCUGUUUCCCACUAUAGCAGAAAAGCUAUCCCACUAAACCUGAAAAACAAAAAUGAAUGAGGGAAAAGGGUUCAUGUUUACUUAAAUAAUAAGUAAAUCCCUUCAAAACUUUAUAUAUAUAUAUAUAUAUAUAUAUAUAUAUAUAUAUAAUCACUUAUGUUAAGAAGGUUGUGCUGUGUCACAAAAACAUGAUCGUUAGUGAAUAUCUGUUGUGAUAGAGUCCAAGCACACAUACCAAGAAAUUGGCCCACUUUAGCUUUACUCAACCUAUCUGUAUCUGAGCUUUUUGUCUAGGUAUCACUCAAUUUAUGCCACAAACACUUCCCCAGAUGUCUUAUAUGUUAUAAUGUUGGAUUGCACUGAGGGUAGCUUUACUGUAGUUCCUCAAAUGUAGUAGUUGGUAGCUUGUAAAACUUUGAGAGUAGCUUCCACUGCACACUGGUUAUAACAGAUUUUUUUUGUUCAUAGAUUUAAAUAUAGAAGAACAGUUUGAUAUGGACAAUCAGCUCUGAAAAGUUUGGCUUUUUGCUUAAUGAUGUUGAUUUGCAAAUAUAUAAUUGAAUCUGAAUAGUAAAAUCAAAUAAGACUAUUAAUAAGACUAUUAUGCAGUCAACCCUCAUGUCUGACUUUGACUAUGGACAAAUUCUGCAUUGUCAUGCUGCUCUGUCAAUACUCCAGUAGUUAAACCCUGUGUAUCAUUGUGCAUUAAACUUUAUGACAAUGUACUUUUUGUACUGAUCAUUGUUCUCUGUAUCACAAGAUUGGCUGAACUUCCUUACAGACAAGAAGAAAAAACAUCUCAUUUUACUCAUCUUUAAAGCCUCACUGGAAGCUUCACAUCUCUUCUCUCAUCUUGGUAUCUUGUUGCGACACUUUAGAUAUGUAACUAAUGUUGGCAGAACUGGUUUUAUGCACCUUUUUAAUUGAAAUGAACUGCAAACUGCCCUCUUGGAGAUUGUAUAGCCUUAUCUUUUUCUUUUUUUUAUGAUGAUGACUUUUUUUUAUGACCUUUUUUUUGUGUAGUUGUGUUGUUUGCUGAUUGUGCUCAGGUAUCUCUUGGAAAACAGAUUUUCUCAAUGAGACAGAUUAAAUUUAGAUUUUAUAUAAGAUAAAUAAAAAACAAUUAAAUAAAACGAGAAGAGAUCCCUGUCCUUUUUCAGUGAAUCCAAACAAAACAUUUUUCUAAAGUAAUAUAAAGUGAGAGUAGAUAUGAUCAGCAAUAAAAAACAUGUUGAGCAAGCGUGCGUCACCUGCGUCACGUCCAGCGUGCACCUGCACCGAGUCUGGUGGUAUUUUUAAGAUCGUCUCAACACAGACAACAGCCAAGAGUAGUCUGUUGCUGCAUUGCUUUAUUUGGACGACAAGAUAAAGCACGCAAAGGCUGAAAAACAGAGAGACGAAGGAGUCAAAAUCCAGAAAAACUGAAGCAAACAGAUCCAAAAAUAACGGGUGACAGCAGCGCUGAGAAGGGUUACACAUGACAUGAUUUUAGGGGGGACACAGCUUGCUAUCUCACUGUUCAUCUGGCUCACUGAAGUAGUCCUGAUAAGCUGACCCCUCCCUGUCCAAACGGGGGCUUUGACAGACCAGACCGACAGCGAGGGCCAGGCGACGCAUUCGCACUUUGACAAACAGCGCAGCAGACCAGACGCGCAGCAGACCAGGCGCUCAGCAGACGCAGUUUACUGAUGUGGAGCAACAAAAUAUUGUCUCCAUGACUUGAAACUGGUUCUGGUUCUGCUUGUUUCAAAACCUAAUGAGACAGUGAGAGUCAACGUCCAACACUCAUUCAGUCAGUGCACAAUGAGCCUAAACGUCCCAGGACUGGUGGUGAUGGUGCUCUUCUACCUGCUGGUGCUGGGCACCGGUAUCUGGGCCUCCAUGAAGUCCAAGCAGGUGCAGAAGAGCAGCCAAGCAGGCCUCACUGAGAUUACUCUACUGGGAAACAGAGGCAUCAGCCUGGCGGUGGGAGUCUUCACCAUGACAGCUACAUUUGUAGGAGGAGGCUUCAUUGUUGGUCUGACAGAGGCAGUGUACACUCCCACCAUGGGGCUUACCUGGGCUGUCAUGCCAGUAACAGCCGCCCUGUCUUUCAUUGUUGGUGGACUUUUCUUCGCCAAGAUAAUGAGAGACAGAAAAUAUGUGACAAUGAUGGACCCGUUCCAGAACAAGUAUGGAAAUGUAAUAAGCGGAUUUCUGUCUGUGGCACUGCUGAUAUCUGACAUAAUCUGGGUGACAGGAACUCUUAUUGGCUUAGGUGCUACAAUGAAUGUGAUCCUGGGUUUGCCUUACACGUUUUGCAUUUGGAUCUCUGCCGCAGUAGCCAUCAUCUACACACUGCUGGGAGGCCUCUACUCUGUCGCCUACACAGACAUCAUACAGUUAUCCCUCAUUUUUUUCAGUUUGUGGCUAUGUGUCCCCUUCAUCCUGAUGAACCCUAAUUCAGCUGAUAUCACCAAGACUGCUUUCAACUUUACUUAUCAGACCCCCUGGAUUGGUUCAGUGGAUAAAGAAAGAGCAUGGAAGUGGAUUGAUAAUUUCUUGUUAUUGGCAUUAGGUAACCUGGGCUAUCAGGACUUCCACCAGAGGACCCUGUCAGCCUCCUCAUCAGCCACAGCCAGGAUUACAUGCUUCAUUGCAGCUCCCCUCAUCUUCAUUCUAGGAAUCCCUUCUGUGUUGAUUGGAGCAGUUGCAGCAUCAACAGACUGGAACAUGACCUCAUAUGGCUCCCUGUCCCCAUACGAGCGUGGAGAGGCCAGUCAGGUUCUGCCCAUUGCUUUGCAGUACCUCACCCCAAACUACAUCUCUGUUAUUGGUAUCGGAGCUGUAGCUGCCGCCGUGAUGUCAUCAACGGACUCCGCUCUAUUGUCAGCAGCCUCCAUUUUCUCAUCUAACAUUUAUAAGAACAUUCUGAGGACCAAGGCAUCAGAAAGAGAGCUCCUGUGGGUUAUCCGUAUCACUGUAGUGUUGGUGGGCUUGGCUGGCACAUCACUUACCUUUCUGCAUAACAGCGUCAUGGUUUUCUGGAUACUGGGCUCAGGCAUCACCUACACCAUUAUGUUCCCUCAACUUGUCUGCAUCCUCUUCUUUAACAUCUCUAAUGGCUAUGGCUCCAUCAUAGGCCUUCUAACUGGCAUGUUGUUGAGAUUGUUGAGUGGUGAACCAUCUAUAGGGUUGCCAGUUGUCCUCCACUUCCCAGGGUGCACUCUCGAGGAUGGUGUGUAUGUCCAGCGGGCACCUGUUAUGACUAUCUGCAUGCUGUCCACCAUCUUUGCCACUUUGUUGUUCUCCUACCUGGCUUCACUGCUCUUCAACACAGGACUGAUUCCAAAAAGAUGGGACGUAUUUAACGUGAUAUCCCACAAACCCCCACCAAAACAAUUAUUAACGAGCAAUGGCACCACCAAAACAGAUGAAGAGGAGGAGAAAUCUGAAGCUGAAAAUGAAAUUGAAAUAAAACUGACAACAAGCAGGACUGAACAAGAAAUUAUUUAAUGGGAUGCAAACAUGAUCUUGAUAAGUGCUUUAAUAAGUGUGUUGCUGAAUUUUGUUUUAAAGGAAAAGUGUGUAAAAUUUAGUGGCAUCUAGCCAAAUGCACUUGGAAAUGGAAGAAAUGGAAUAUAAUAUCCACAAGUAAGUUUUAAUUAGUGUUUAAUCAACUGAUAAUAAGAAUGAUUGUGUUUUGGUUACCUAAGAACCUGUAUAUCUACAGAGCUGGGAGGGGGUCCCCUUGUCUGAGCCCCCCUACAGUUGCCCAGAACAGACAAAAGGCGUGUUUCCACUGCAGGAACUUCAGGAAGUUCCUGGUAAAAUUUAGGAGGCGGGACCUUUACAGGAACGUCCUCUCACUCGGUCCUCUCAGCUGUUGUGUUUCCACAGCAGAGUAGGACCCGGAUAGGACCCACCGGACUCUGACCGUGACGUCACAGAGGCGACCCCCCCGAAAACACAACAAAGAAAACGACAACGAGGAGGUGAACAUGAAAGAGCUGAGCUGGUUGCCGCAUUUCAGGUUUGUGUGUUCAUGUACAUGAUGGUGGAUGUUAUAAACUUUUUUUCCGGCGGUGUAGACGCUUUCUACUACUGUUCUUCUUCUGCUGAGUUUUAAAAAAUGAUGCUUAUUUUGGCGCUUUCUGUUGACUCCACAUCCCGCUUUGAGUAUACUCAAUCGGCACCGAGUCAACCCCAAUCCCCACCCAGGAACUUUUCGGGGCCGUACGGAGUACCUACCCCGAGGCAGGGACUCGGUUAGCCCCUGUAAAAGUUCCGGGAGAGGUUCCUUCGAGGAGGUUCCUGCAAUGGAGACACGCACCAACGGCCCCUGCCCUGUAAAAUUACCUUGAAGUUCCUGCAGUGGAAACGGGGCUAAACACUGGCUUUAAAGAGGGCUUUUCAUGUUUUUAGUCAGUUUCACGGCCACUGUAGACUCUCUUACAUGCUUGGAAGGGGAGGGGAGUUGUAUUCAGUCAGUUGCAAUCUGCAAUCUCACCGCUAGAUAACACUAAAUCUUUCACACCGGUCCUUUAAUGUCAGUGGGGUUUGAUGUUUGUGAUACAGUCUGUAAAUGUGCAUUCAUAUAUGGGAUGAAUUGAUGAAUGGUAUUGGUGUGGGACAUCUCUGCCCUGGGCCUGUGCUCAGCAGUAUAGAAAUAUUGGUACUUCAGGUAUUUCCAAUUAUUUUUGAUACCCCUUUGAUUUUUUUUUUUUUGUUGUACUAAAGACAGCAUGUAUAUCAAUUAUGAAUUAAUUUAAUAUAACUUUUUGUUUUUUUGUUAAGUUAGUAUGUUUUUGUAUAUCCCAGUGGGUGAUUUGUAUUACUGUGGUUUUGGGGGCUUGGCUGGCACAUUGCUCACCUUUCUACACAACAGGAUCAUGGUUUUCUAGAUCCCAGGCUCAGGCAUCACCUCUAUAGCGUUGUGCUCUGUUUGCAUAAGUAAACUUGAUAAUCGCUUUAAUAAUUUCUUUGGUGUUAUUUUGUUGUUUUAAUGUUUGUGGGGUUGGAUGUUUGUGAUAGUCUUUAAAUAUGCAGUUAUUUGUAAUUGUUGGAGAAAUCUGUAAAACAAGUGGAAGUAAGUUAAUUAUAUCAUGUUUUGAAAUGUAGGUCUAAGUUUGAAUUAGUUGUGUAUACAACCUAAAGUGCCUUCUGUUGAAAGAUAUCAAACUUUAUCCAUGUCUGAUCAUUCACAUCAUCUACCUUUUGAUACCUCUUUGAAUUUUUUUUUUUUUUUUUACUAAAGACUGCAGGUACAUCGAUAUAUAAUUUUAUU